UCUUGUUAGUGUGUAUUUUUUGGCUAAACUCUGCAGGACAGCGUAAUACCAGGACCAACGUUGCCCAUCCCUCGGGCAGUCUCGUAUUUGGUGUGAGAUGUUGAUGGAUGAAUGUGUUUCAUGCCAAAUGCAACAGUUGGUAACAACCCUGUGAUUAAUUGCCGGGGCUCCACCCUAACGACUGCUUGAUUGCCUUUGAGUGUGAAAUCAACCUGUUCUGAAUUAUUAAGAGCAUUUAAAUAACACUGGCAGAUGAUUUAAAGUUAAGCUGUAGAGUAGGGGAACAGUGUGAAUUUUAAAGUACUGUUGGGUUUUUGAAAGAGAUCCUUGAUUUCUGUCUAGUCUUGGAUGAUUGCUCUUCAUGGCUGUGAGAGAGAUUUGUGUUUGGAAAGGACUUAUUUUAGCUCUUUUCCUCUUUGCUGUUGAAGGACAGAAAAGGCCGUUAUUCAUGGUGACGUUCCCUGCAGUGAUUGAGUCUGGAUCUGAUGCCAAAUUGUGUGCAACUCUUCUGAACCCCCAAGAGAGCCUCACCGUGACGGUUUCUCUGCUUGAUGAUAAAAAUGGGAUAACUAAACUUGUGCAGCAGAGCUCUUCAAUGCCGCUUCAUCGCUGCUUUAGUUUCAAGGCUCCUCAAGUAGAUGGAGAAUCGGUGCAGAAUCUGAAGGUAGAAGUUCAAGGGAAGGUCUUCAGUGCAUCCGAAGAGAGGAAAGUCAUGUUCAGACAUUACCUACCUUUGACCUUCAUCCAAACAGACAAACCCAUCUACAAUCCAGGACAAACGGUGAAUUUCAGAGUUGUCACCAUGGAUGCCAAAUUUGUGCCUCUUGAUCAGAUGUACAAUCUGGUUGUGGUGGAGGACAAUAAAAAUAACCGGAUUGGUCAGUGGACAAACGUUUCCUCAACGGGGUGGAUAUUGCAGCUUUCUCAUGAGUUGAACCCAGAGGCUCAGAUGGGGAUGUACACAUUAAAGGCUUUUAUUGGUGACCGAAUGAUUUCCCAGGUUUUUGAGGUGAAAAAAUACGUUUUACCCAAGUUUGACGUGACCGUAAACACAUCACAGACAUACAGUGUUGCAGAUGUGGGACUGAAAGUUGAGGCUUGUGCCAAAUACACGUAUGGCCAACCUGUACCUGGUCAAGCACUGGUGGAAGUGUGCCGUGAUCCAUUUCCAUAUGUUCCAGGCGUGACCCGUCUGUGCCUGAGUAAAACCGCAAAGAUGAAUGCCACGGGCUGUGCCUCCAUUACCAUCGACACGUCAGAGUUUUUCAACAACAAAUUUGAAAAUAGUCUUCAAGAUUUGUUUGUUGUUACUGUGAACGUCACUGAGGAGGGAACAGAUGUAGUUAUGUCAAAAUCUGCAACCGUGUCCAUUACGUUUGAAGUCGGCAAGGUCACAUUUGUGGACCUCUCAAAUUAUUUUGAACCUGGGUCAACAAUUGAUGGAAAGAUAACAGUGUCUCGUUUCGAUGGGACUCCAGUUGCAAACAAAGCUGUGUAUCUCCUGGAUGCUAACCGCAACACACUGCUGCUAAAUCUGACCACAAACCAGAAUGGACUGGUCACAUUCUCUCUCAACACUGCUAAUCUUCCUAAAGCGGAUCUGAAUCUGGUGGCAAGUGUGACUCCAAGGCUUGUUUAUGACUACAAAUCACCAUACUUUACUACAGUUACGAGGGUUGUUCAGCUUCUCCAACCCGGUUCUUCCAACAACCCAUCACUUAGUGAACUGACUAUAGUGACACUUGAGCAGCCGCUCAAAUGUGGUGCUGCGUUUCCAGUGACCGUGAAAUAUUCUUUUGUUGGGGAGUCUGGUGACUACAGUGCUGACAUUGUCUAUAUGGUCUUGUCCAGAGGCGUGAUCGUCCUCCAUGGAUUUCAGACAGUCACAGCAAGGGCUUCUAAUAAAGUCACGAGCAGCUCCGUGUCGUUCCAGCUGUCUGUCGGUGUUGAUAUGGCUCCAGCAGUGCAGAUUCUGGUCUACUGUGUUCUGCCCAGUGAGAAUGUAGUUGUUGGUAGUGCAUCUUUUGACACUGAAGCAUGUUUCCAAAACAAGGUGUCUUUGCAGUUCUCUCCAGAUACAGCUGUUCCUGCUGAGAGAAACGUUCUGACGGUCUCUGCUCAAGCAGGAUCCCUGUGUGGCCUCAGCACUGUAGAUCAGAGUGUCUGGAUAUUGGAGCCAGGAAGACGUCUGAGUGCUAAAAUGGUAUCAAUUUGCAGUUUAUUUAAAGUCCCCCUGUACUCUUUACAAACUAACUGUAGUUCCUUUUUAGCCUUGGAAAUGAUUGAUGCGGUUGACUUGGUGGCUCAUGCUCCUCCAGAAGCCAGAAGUGAUGGAGACAAGCACUCUGUUAAAGUAACUGUCAGAUCUUACUUUCCAGAAACAUGGAUCUGGCAGCUUGCUCAAGUGGGAGCUACUAGAUCCACACAAGUUUCCCUCACGGUUCCUGACACCAUCACCACAUGGGAGACGGAGGCGUUCUGUCUGUCCUCUAAAGGUCUCGGUCUGGCUCCUCCUGCUCUGCUGACGGUCUUCCAGCCCUUCUUCCUAGAGCUCUCCCUGCCGUACUCCAUUGUCCGUGGAGAGUCCUUUGAGCUGAAGGCCACGGUCUUCAGCUAUCUGUCCAAGUGCAUCAUGGUUAAAGUAACUCCAGCUUCAUCUACGGGCUUCACUCUUGUAGCAUCUAAUGAGCCUUAUUCAUCCUGUCUCUGUGCUAAUGGGAGAAAGACCUUUAAAUGGGUUCUCACAGCUUCUGUUCUUGGAGCUGUCAAUGUGACGGUCAAUGCUUCAGCUGAACCGUCCCGUACUCGAUGUGGCACUGAAGCCGUGACCGUGCCGACAAGAGGACGUGUUGAUGUAGUCACUCAAAGUCUACUUGUUCUGGCUGAAGGAGUUGAGAGGACAAACACCCAGAGUUGGUUAUUGUGUCCGAAGGGAAGCGUUCUUUUGGAAGAUGUGACUCUGACAUUUCCAUCAAAUGUGGUUCAGGGAUCAGCCAGAUGCUCUGUUUCAGUCCUUGGGGACAUAAUGGGUCGUGCGCUGAAGAAUCUGGAUAAGUUAUUACAGAUGCCGUGUGGCUGUGGAGAACAGAAUAUGAUUAUUCUUGCUCCCAAUAUUUACAUUUUGCUGUACCUGGAAGCCACAGGGCAACUCACCACAGCCAUCCGAGAGACCGCCAUUGGCUACCUUCAGAGCGGAUACCAAGGACAAUUGAACUACAGGCAUGAAGAUGGCUCAUUCAGCACAUUUGGUUAUGAUGAAUCAAAUACAUGGUUGACUGCCUUUGUCCUGAGGACUUUUGCUCUAGCCAGGCAAUUUAUCUUCAUCUAUCCACAAGUCCUGCAGAGUGCAAAGGAUUGGUUGAUCAGCAAGCAGGGUUCAGACGGUUGUUUCAUUCAGCAGGGAACUCUGCACCACUAUGACAUGAAGGGUGGAGUUGGGGACAGCGUGACCAUGACUGCCUACGUUGUUGUAUCAUUGCUUGAACUAGGCAUCCCUGUCACGGGUCCUGUCAUCACCAACGCUCUUUCAUGCUUGAGGCCUGUCGUUGGGAACCUGGGAAACACUUACGCUACGGCUCUGCUGGUCUACACCUUCAGUCUUGCUGGAGAGACCAGCACUCGAUCACAGCUUCUAACUGCCUUAAACAACAAUGCCAUUUCUGAAGGAUCUAAGCUCCAUUGGUCUCAGACUUCAUCUGGUGAUACUCUGGCGGUGGAGAUCAGCUCUUACGUGCUGCUAGCGGUUCUCACUGAACAGCCUCUCACAGCGGCUACUCUGAGCUAUGCUAACCGCAUUGUCAACUGGCUUGUGACCCAGCAGAAUCCCUAUGGAGGCUUCACCUCCACCCAGGACACUGUGGUGGCUCUUCAUGCUCUGUCUGUGUAUGCUGCUAAAGUGUUCAGCGUGGACGGCUCCAGUACUGUUACUGUACAGUCCUCGAUGGCUGGAGGAGAGUCUUAUAGCUUCACAGUGAAUCGGGACAACAGGCUGCUGUAUCAGGAGAAGCCACUGAAGAACGUUCCUGGCAAAUAUAGUGUUAAAGUCACCGGAUCCACUUAUGUAUCUGUGCAGGUUGCAUGUUUCUACAACAUCCCGACACCCGUUAAAGUCACCAAAUCGCUGAGUGUCGAAGCAAAGGUGAAGGCAGACUGCCGACCGCUGGGAGCCAAUCUUGUGUUGAGCUUCACGGUGAAGUAUAAUGGUGCAAAAGCAAGCACUAACAUGGUUAUUGUGGACAUUAAGAUCCUAUCUGGCUUUACGGCAGAUACGUCACUGCUGGGGUCUUCACCCCAAACAUUCGCCCCACUAGUUGAGCGGGUUGAUGCUGGAGAUGAUCAUGUCCUAGUGUAUCUGAAAGAGGUUCCCAAAGGCGUCCCCAUGACUUACUCUUUGCUGCUGAAUCAGGUUCUUGCAGUGAAAAAUCUCAAGCCAGCGGUCAUCAAUGUUUAUGACUACUAUCAGACAAGUGAUUCGUUUGAGACGACAUACAUGUCCCCCUGUCCAUGAUUUGAGUACUGGCUACAGGAUGCAUGACUCGAAUAAAAUUGAUUUUAUACAAUCA